AUGGCACCAGAGCCCAACAGUGGCAGAUCAGACGAGGAAGGUGCAGAUCUCCUGCUCUACCCAACCGCGUCGCCGUCCUCGACCAUGCGCACCACGACCCUCAUACGCAUGGAACCUCCCUCGACGCCGCCUCAGAGGAGUAGUAAGCUGGACUUGCCGUCCUCGAUGAUUAUAACCCCUGGCGAAGGCAACCCGUUCCCUACCACUCCCAGCCAGGGCUUCGACUUUGCCGACUUUAUCAACAUCACGCCCGGCCCAGCCCAGUCGGGCGAGGAUACGCCAUCUACCAAAGUCGGAAGAAGACCGCCCAGGAUAAGAGACCACGCCGCAGAGAUACGAGAAGAAUCAUGA